AAUUUUAGUAGCUUUAUAGUUGUAAAUAUUAAUUUCUUUAGUUAUAAUUUAUUAUAAUAUCGGAAUAAGUUUGAUUAUUUCUGUUCAUUUUCCUUUUUCAUCAUGAUUUAAAAUGUGAUAAUAGAUUAUUUUGGAAAAGUAUAGAUAACCUUAAUGUUUAAAGAAGUUUUUUUUUAUUUUAUUAAUAUUUAAAAUGGAUUGUCGUGACUUUGACAAUUGCUGUUUAUAAUAAUAAUGGAUGGCAUGAUUUGUCGACAUGUCGAUUUCAAAGAUAAAGAUAAUGUUAAUUGGGAUUUUGUAACGCCAAACAGCAAAAAGAAUAUUGUUUAUGUUGAUGCUAUUACUUUACAUGGGGGAGACUUCAACAUGGAUGGAUAUCCAGAUUUAUUAGCAACAUUAAAAUCAACAAAAUCAUUAAAAAUGGAAUCAUUCUUACUAUUAAAUGUACCAUGUACAACUUGUGAAAAUAUAAAUCGUACUUUUGAAAUACAUUGGAAUGCAUUGAAUCCAUUUAGAAAUCAAACAGUGAUGGCUGUAUUUUAUGAUUUUUAUCAAGAUUUCACCAGGAAGUUUGGGUAAAAAAAGAGAACUUAUGGAACAAAUUUACCAGGACCAUCAAUUGCUUAUAAAACUACUACUCAAGAUGGAAGUCCUAGAAGUGGUACUGCAGCCCAAAUUCCACAAAGUGCACAUUUUUCUCUAAAUUUGCCUUAUACUACAUUUGGACUUGGUCGAACUCCUAAUUUUAUCGAUAUGCUUACAAUUGGGGUUGCAGGUAAGUCAAGAGAGUGGCCACAAAUUAUUCCAAACUCACAAAUGGUCGUAAUUCCAAAUCCAAUUACUGAAUCGUCGAGAUGGAAAGCCCAAUUAUUUGUGACACCAAGUAAACUAAUAUUGUUGAGUGCUGCUGCUCUUAUGGGGACAUGCGGUUUAAUAACUACUAUCAUUAUUGGUUUAUAUUGGAAAGAAAAACGCGAAGAUAAAAUAGAAAGAUUACAAGAAGCACAUAGAUUUCAUUUCGACGCUAUGUGAUGUUCUUUUACUAAGUUUUAAAAAAAAAUGAAUUUCAUUAUUAUUAUAAUUAUUUAUUUAUUUAUUUAUUUACAUAGUACAUAAAUACUUAAUAUCCUACAAAGAUUAUAUUAUAAAAUAACUUAAUGAGAAUCAAUCGAUAAUUAAUCGUAACAUUCAUAAUUUCAAUUAAUCAAAAGGGUUUGAGGUUCAAGCUUUCUAUGUAAUAGUACAUUUCACACCUAGGGAGGGAAAGUAGUCUAGCUCAAACCACGUGUAAAA